AUGCGUCUCCUCAACACACAACGCCCCGAGCUGCGCACCUUUUCUACGCCCACAUCCGUCUCCGGAGGCUACGCCGUCCUCUCCUCCUCCUCAUGUACCCUUCCUCAAUCAACCCGCGCGUUCUCCUUCUCGAGCCCCAGCACGACCCAACCCCCCAGUGCGGCUCUUCCUCCACUACCGUCAUCGCAGACGCACCACACCCUCCCUCGCACCCGCCGUGAAACCUACCAGCCCACCUCGUCCACACACGCCUCGACAGCGCCGCCUCAUCGACAGAGCUACAGGCCGCCCUGGGCGCCGCCCCGCGUGCUCUUCCUGCCCCCGCACGUCCGACAGGCGUGCGCGCUUGCGGUGCGGCACGGCCUCGACUGGCUCCUUGUCGACUGGGCAUGGCACACCGAGCUUGAUUGCCAGGGCGAUGGCGCGGCGGACGUCCAAGAGGCUAUAAACGCGCGUGGGGCAUGGCUCGAGGGCGCUGCGGUGUGCUACGCCUGGCUGUGCGACGUGCGGAACUGGGAGCGCGCGUUCCGGCGGAGCGCGUGGCACGCGGUCCCGCACACGCUGCCCGCGCUCCUGCUCCCCCGCCUCGUUCUCUUCGUUUCCGCCGACGGGCGAGUCCUGGGGAGCAAAGCCGACCUGGCACUCGCCCCACUCGUCGAGGAGAUCUCCGGGAUCCCCGUGUCGUUUCUGCGCUUCGAGCGCGGGCUGGGCGAUGCUGGAGUUGGGGAAAGGAUGGGAUGGGUGGCGCGGCGGCUCGCCGAGUCCAACGGAGGUGAAGAGAGACGAGCCGAAGACGACGCGUAUGCGCUCUUGCCGCUCUUUGGGGUCUCGAUGCCCGUCCUGUGUGGGGAGGGUCCGCGCGCGUUCUAUGGCCUGCAGGAAGAAAUCGCGAAGACUACUAUCGACACCGGGCUAUUUGCGUGGGGCCAUGCGCCCCGCUCGAGCGCCUGA